CCCCCGCGGGGCUCUUCAGUAGAUGCACCCGUAGGAUGUGUGCUCCGUCGCAGCAAUAUCACGCAGUGUGACGCAUCAUCAACACCAGACGCACAACCAUAAGAAACCAGCAGCAAAAAUGCUUUUCUACUCGUUUUUCAAGUCGCUGGUGGGGAAGGAUGUGGUGGUGGAGCUCAAAAACGACUUGAGCAUCUGCGGAACACUUCACUCUGUUGACCAGUACCUGAACAUUAAGCUCACAGACAUCAGUGUCACUGACCCAGAGAAAUAUCCACACAUGCUGUCUGUGAAGAACUGUUUUAUCCGUGGCUCUGUGGUCCGGUACGUUCAGCUGCCUGCAGAUGAAGUAGACACUCAGCUCCUGCAAGACGCUGCACGGAAAGAAGCCAUGCAGCAGAAGCAGUGAUUGACCUGAAGCGAGGGGUCGGGGGGGGGGGGGGGGGGGGGGGGGGGGGUAAAUAAUGAGUACAUACCAGUUUUGAGUUCAUUUAAAGAAGAUCCAGUUUGUGCAGCCCUUGUAACUAGGCAGGAUUGGACCCUUCCCUGUACUUUCACAGAGAACGUAAUUGCAUUCCAGACGUUAGUGAUCAAUCAUUUGCGAAAGACUAAUUAUGGGAAACGGUGUUCAUCUCCCCGGCCGUACAGCGGGCUUCACUUCUUACUGUCCUUUGUUUUUCUUAAAGAAAUAGAACCAAAUUCAAGUGUGAGCCCAGUAGAGGUAAAGAUCUGUUGUAGUUUUUCUGUUGCAUAAUACAACCACUCUUGCUUAUCUUUAAAAGAGUAGGACUUUUUUUCAUGCCACUUCAACAAUAAAAAGCUUUUUAUAUUACA